AUGUUGAAGGUGCAUGUUCUGCUCUUAGUCUUGAGAAGUGCUCGGCUCUGGGUCCUGGCAGAAGGAGCUGGUGCAACCCAACUGCAAGAUGUCAUAGUAACCCCAGAUGAGGAGGUUAACAUGGUGACCCCAGAAGAAAGCUGUAACAUCACAGCCGCUGAUGUGGAGACUGAUCACUCCAGGGACAAAGUGGGUGGAGGCCAGACAACAAUUGAGAAAGAUGGUUUGGCAACAACGACCCUGGACAGAAUCAUAAUUGGGGUCUUAGUAGCCAUUAGUCUCAUUGGUAGGAUCAUCAUUGUGGUUGUGCAAAUAGUGUCAGGAAGCUGGUUUACUAGCCCAGGUUCCGUGUUUAAACACCAACUAGUGGUUUACUUGAUAUAA